CUCCUUCCGUCGUCCGCUCCUUCCGUCGGUGGUUUCUUCCUUCCUGCUCCGCCGGCGUCUGUCGCGAUAUGGGGAAGAGGUCCUUUUUCGCCAGCACCACCUGAGGAUCCCCUGGAGCCGCGAUGGAAGAGGAUCAGGAGCUGGAGAGAAAAAUAUCAGGACUGAAGACCUCAAUGGCUGAAGGCGAGAGGAAGACAGCCUUGGAAAUGGUCCAGGCAGCUGGAACAGAUAGACAGUGUGUGACAUUUGUACUGCACGAUGAGGACCAUACCCUAGGAAAUUCUCUGCGGUACAUGAUCAUGAAGAACCCGGAAGUGGAAUUUUGUGGUUACACUACGACCCAUCCUUCAGAGAGCAAAAUUAAUUUGCGAAUUCAGACCCGGGGUACACUUCCAGCUGUUGAUCCGUUUCAGAAAGGCCUGAAUGAGCUCAUGAAUGUCUGCCAGCAUGUGCUUGACAAGUUUGAGGCCAGCAUAAAGGAUUAUAAAGAUCAAAAGGCAAGCAGAAAUGAACCCACAUUCUAGUCCCUCAUGCAGGGUACAAGGAGGACCACCCUCAUGAUGGUGCAGAACCCAGAACUAGAGUCUGAUUGCAGCGUGCUCUGACCUGUAGAAGGUGUGGUUCCAGCUGUUGACCCAUUCCAGCUGUUGGAAUCUCUGCAAGUAUAUUUGCCUAAUAAAUUCUCUCUUUUGUUUAAACUA